GGCUCAUGAUAGAAGGCUGCAUAAAUCCUUCACACAACUGAAAGCUGGAGCAACAGUCAGGAUCCCGUCACACCAUUAUACCCGUCCUUUUUGCCGGCUUAUAUCGCUUAACAACCAAUACAUGCUUCCCAUCCUCAUGUACCCCAAGUUGCGCUACGAACACCCCGCAUCUAGUUGGAACGAUGCGCUGCCGCUAGGUAACGGUCGGCUAGGAGCAAUGGUCUAUGGAGGCAUUCAUACAGAAACGCUACGCCUGAACGAAGAAAGCGUCUGGUACGGCGGCCCUCAACCUCCGAGGACGCCCUUCGGUGCCAAGCACCACCUGGAGGAAUUGAGGAAAUUGAUCCGCGCCGGAAGGCAUCGUGAUGCCGAAAGCCUGGUUAGGAAACGCUUCCUAGCGACACCGAAGAGUGCGAGACACUACGAACCACUAGGCACCUGCAAUAUCGCUUUCGAAUAUGGCAAUGGCAAUGGCAAAGCUAGUUCUGGAGGCGCAGAAGAUAUCGUGAAAGAGUACAAGAGAAGUCUCAAUCUUGCAAAAGCCGAAGCAGUGGUCAAGUACACCAUCAACGGAAUUACGGUACGAAGAGAAGCUAUCGCGACAAAUGCAGGCGACGUCAUUGCUAUCCGCGUCGUUGCAGCGAGCGAGAUCUCCUUCACAGUCAGCCUGACUCGUAUGAGUGACGUCGAGUGGGAGGUCAAUGAGUUCCUAGAUUCCAUCGCUAUCGUAAACGGCCACAUUGUCCUCCAUGCAACACCGGGUGGAAAAAAUAGCAACAGCCUUUGUCUGGCUGUGGGAGCAAGAGUUGACAGCAACGGAAGUGUCGAAGUCGUCGGGCGUGAGCUAAAAGUGACUGCGAAAGAGGCCUUGGUAGUCAUUGCCGCUCACACCCAGUAUCGUCACGAAAAUGCUCAACAAGCAGCAUUGGCUGACAUUAGCACUUCAUUUGGUCUUUCAACAGCGGAGCUAUGGAAACGACAUGUUGAAGACUGGGAGGACGCCUACGGCCGCAUGAGCAUCCAGCUCUACCCAGAUGAUGCGCAUCUCACCACGGAUGCCCGUUUGACUAACAAUAGAGACCCUGGCCUGGUGUCUUUGUAUUUCUCGUAUGCCCGCUAUCUGCUCUUGUCGUGCAGUCGGCCUUACCCAAAAGCCCUUCCAGCGACAUUGCAGGGCAUCUGGAACCCAAGCUUUCAACCACCUUGGGGGUCGAAGUAUACUAUCAAUAUCAACCUUCAGAUGAACUACUGGAUUGCAAAUACAUCCAAUCUAUCGAAAUGUGAGCUACCGCUCUUCGAUUUGCUGGAGCGUAUGGCCGUUAAUGGCCAGCGGACUGCAUCAGACGUCUGGAACUGUCGCGGAUGGUGUGCGCACCACAGCACAGAUAUUUUCGCUGAUACAGAGACACAGGAUCGGUGGAUGCCUGCAACUCUGUGGCCUUUGGGUGGAGCUUGGCUGUGCACGCACAUAGGAGAGCAUUACUUCUUCACUGGCGAUAGAGACUUCCUCGCACGGAUGGCUCCAGUUCUUGAAGGCUGCGUUGAAUUUCUUCUCGACUUCUUAGUCCCCGACUCGAGUGGUAAAUAUCUUGUGACCAACCCCUCUCUAUCACCGGAAAACACUUUCAGGCAUAAAGAAAGCGGCGAGCUUGGGGUCUUUUGUGAGGGCUCAACAAUGGACAUGGUGAUCGUACGGCAGGUUUUCUCGCAGUAUAUCCUUGCUACAGCAGAGCUCGGGGAAGAGAUCCUUUCAACAUCAAUAUUCAAGGAGGUCCAAACCGCACUUGGUCGUCUACAACCUAUCGCCAUUAGCCCCAAGACCGAAACUGUUCAAGAAUGGGGCUUAAAUGAUUACGAAGAAACAGAACUUGGCCAUCGACACGUUUCGCACCUCUAUGGUCUUCAUCCAAGCAACGAAAUAACACCCACAUCCACGCCGGAACUCGCAGAAGCUGCGCGACAAACGCUAUUACGCCGUAUCGCCCAUGGUGGCGGUCAUACGGGCUGGUCUAGAGCCUGGCUUAUCAAUCUAUGGGCAAGACUGCGGCAACAUGAGCAAUGUAUACUUAAUGUCGAUGCCCUAAUGAGGGAUAGCACAUUGCCAAAUAUGCUCGACACACAUCCACCGUUUCAGAUUGAUGGAAAUUUCGGCGGGGCGGCAGGAAUUUUGGAGUGCUUGGUACAGUCGCACGAGAUUAUGGUCAUCGAAGGGGGAUCGAAGAUCAAUGUCAUCCGCUUGCUUCCAUCUUGCCCUGCUGAUUGGGAAAAGGGAGAGGUAAAAGGUGUAAAGUGCCGCGGAGGCUUUGAGCUUGAUUUCAAGUGGGAUCAUGGCGAAAUCUGUGAGCCUGUGGUGGUCAAAUCGAAGUUGGCCAAAGAAUUUGUACUGGUCUUCCAUCACGUAGGCUCCGAUGCGAAAAACACUGGCACUCGGAUAUCGAUUCCAGCAUGCAAAGGGGAAUGUCUUGUUUACAAAGAUGGAGUCCGGGAUACCUGAUAGGGCUAGAUAAAUCUACGGGAACGCUCGAU